CUCGUAUCACCAGGUUUGAUCAGUUGCGAUAACUACGUCGUCCGUAGCGUGUCUCGUGAUCGGAGCGGUGGUGUUGUUUGUGACGGCGAGUGUGUGUGCAAUGCUCGGACGGUGAUCGAAGCAUGGUGAAUUACGUCAAUCCGCUCGCCAUGUACCAAGGCAAGGGCGGGCAAUACGGCGGUGGCUGGUACGGCUGGCAGCAUCAGAACUUGGAAGAGCAACAGUGGUGCGCAUGGAACGGCGCACCGGCUACGGGGGAAUGGACUCCGGAUCCGCAUCAUUUUCCGAAAAGGGAACCAGGAGAACGAGAGAUAGCCGAUAUGCCGUCGCCGGCCAGGGGGGAUUUGGCGAGUCCAGGAGAAGGUUCUCCAGGCUCAGGAUCUCGGCCUUCACAACCACCGGGCCCGCCGCGGUCGCCAUACGAGUGGAUGAAAAAACCAAACUAUCAGACCCAACCAAAUCCAGGUCGCUCCCCACAACCGGAGCAGAUGCAGGUCAUGCUCCACGACAAAAAUUUUCCAUGUAAAACGCGCACUAAAGACAAAUACCGCGUGGUGUACAGUGAUCAUCAGCGGCUGGAGCUCGAGAAGGAAUUUCACUACAGUCGUUACAUCACUAUUCGCCGUAAAGCAGAAUUAGCCGUCAGCCUUGGUCUCUCGGAACGACAGGUAAAAAUUUGGUUUCAAAAUCGACGCGCCAAGGAAAGGAAGCAAGUCAAAAAACGUGAAGAGGUGGUGAUGAAGGAAAAGGGCGAUCACGCUUCGUUGCAGCACGCGCAACUCCACCACGCGACAAUGUUACACCACCAGCAAAUGAUGAACGGUAUGAUGCACCACCACCAUUACCAUCAAGGAGUACUACAAGGCGUGCCCGAGCCUCUAGUCGCAGGGGUACCGCCGGUCCCUCUACUGUGACCACAUCAUCAGGACUAUUGCGACUACAGUGCCACUUUUACACAGUGACCGCUCCAGUGAUUUCAUGUUAUGACCAUAUUAUGAACGAAUACCCCGAUAGGGCCAUCGAUAGUAUGUGUGACAUGAUCUAAUUAAAUGUGUGAUUUCGUGCAAUCUCGUGAAACACGUUCCGAUUUGGCAUCAUUAUAAUAUUUGAUACAUUCAAUACUCUUAGUAUAGGCGCUACUUCGGUAGUUACCUUGCUGUAAGCGGGACACUUGUUUAAGUUAUAGCGUUUAGGUUUUUUCUUUGAUGAGAAACAAUACAUGAAAGUACAUGAAUAAUUUCUACAAACUGCGAUGACAAUUAAAGGAAAAGCAUUAGCGCAAUAACUGUUACGUCCGUCGUUAAUAAUGCCUUUUGUGAAGUAGCUAAAAUGAAGUAGGUAUAUUCUAAGUGUUCACGCCUUAUAGCAUUUUAGUGUUUAGUACAUUGGUUGCAAAGUACGAAUAAUUAUUCCAAUAUGAAUUUUGUCACUUGACUGUAAAUAUAGAUAACUAUAUUUUUAUAUUAUUAUUGAUAACAAUUAAGUAUUAAUUAAUAAUUGUAAGUGAUUGUUUCUCAAUGUUACUAGCACAUUCACAAAAUAAGUAAUUGCAAAAUUAGUUGUAAAAAUAUUGGUUUCACGUAGUAUUUUUUUAUUCAUAGCCUUUUUCACCUCGCCGUAUAUGAUAAUUGUAUGUAUGAUUUUUUUUGUCAAAUUAUUGGAUUCAAAUAAUGUUUUAUUCAAAUUUUCCGUACAGAUGUUGUUUCUAGAGAAUCUCAACUACAAAAGCUGAUUAAUUCCGUUAAUUUCAAAUUAAAAGCCUGUAACAUUGAGAACUGCAAAUGAUUUUUUACGUUGAAUGAGAUUAUUUGUAAUUUAAGAUUUCCUGUAAAUAAUAGCUUAAUUAAUAGAUUAAAUUAUUUUACGCCGGUAAUUUUUCACUUUUCACAUUGUAACUUCGACUUUGUAAAAUCAUUAGUUACAUAGAUUGAGGAAGGUUUGUAAAAGCAUUUUAACGAAAAGAAUGAUAGGUUAAACUGAAUUAUUUGUUAAAUUUAACAAUAUUUAUUGAUUCACAAACCGUGGAACUAGGAAAUCUUGUUUAUCGUUUGUUUUGUGAUAUAUUAUGAUGUAUAAGUUAAAAUAGGGGUGCUAAAAGAAUUUUUUUCUUUUCUAAAACAAUUUGUGCAGAAAUUCUCGAGUUGUAAAAAUAGAGUUGUGUUGAUUUUUAAAUGAAUGAAUUAUCGUUUGUAACACACGAAUUGUUAGUAUUUCUUGUACGUAGCACUAUCACAAAACACAUUUGGUAAACUAAAUAAAAUCAUGUUAAUCAAAA